GUUAAAGUAUUAGCAAAUGAUUUUGAGACAAUGAUUACCAAUGAACAAUGGGAAAAAGAAUGGAUGUCAAUUGAUCGUGAUCAAUUAACUGAACUGCUCAAAUCUAGUGAUUUGGUUCUGCCAAAUGAAUUUAAACUUUGGGAGGCUGUACAAAAAUGGUUGAUGGCACCAUCGCAUCCGGAACGAAAAGGUACCACUGCAUCGCCAUUAUUGGUCUCAAUUUUACCGUUAAUAAGAUUUCCAUUUAUGACUGCCGAUGAAUUAAGUAUUGUUGAACGAUCACCGUUUGUUGAAUCACAUCCAAAACUGUUUUAUCCACAGAUAUUAUUGGCCUAUAAAUUUCAUUCACAUACACUGUCCAUCUUUUUUUUUCUACAUAUGUUCAGUAUAUAUGUUUUUUUUUUUUUUGAGCGCAGUAGCAUAAAAAAUCAUGGAACAAAAACGGUUUGUUAA